ACCCCGCACCCAUCUCUUCUCACUUGUUCCAGCAGCUCUCGCACUCCUCUGCCGCUAUAAAAUCGAGGGCCUCCCGGACGAGCCGCUCUGUAUCCAGCCGCAGCCGUUGCCAACUACUCCUCCUCUCGAAUCGCGGCAAGGCAAUCAACCGGGGCCGGCGGGUCGGUUGAGGAAGGAGGCCGGGGGCGCGGCAUGGACUGCGGCGGUGAGGAGCAGGCGAGGCAGAACGGCCAUGCCGGCGACGGCGGCGACCCGGCGGAGUGGAAGAAGGUGGCCGAGCUCCGGGCCGUGGUGGGGGCGCAGGACCCCGCAGCCAAGGAGGAGGACGACUUCAUGCUGCGCCGGUUCCUGCGCGCCCGAGACCACAACAUCAGCAAGGCGUCGGCGAUGUUCCUCAAGUACCUGAGUUGGAAGCGCGGCGCCAAGCCUCGCGGCUCCAUCACCGAGGCCGAGGUGCGCGGCGAGCUCGUGCAGGACAAGCUCUACAUUCAGGGCUUCGACAAGACGGGCCGCCCCAUGAUCUACCUCUUCGGCAACCGCCACUUCGCCGCCAAGCGAGACCUUGAGGAGUUCAAGCGAUACGUCAUCUACAUCCUUGACAACACCUGCACCAAGUUGCCGGCAGGGCAGGAGAAGUUUGCGUCGGUGGUGGAUCUCAAGGGGUGGGGGUACGCGAAUUGCGACAUCCGGGCGAAGCUGGCGGCGUUGGAGAUCAUGCAGAACUACUACCCGGAGCGGCUGGGCCGGGUGUUCUUGAUCCACGUGCCUUACGUGUUCAUGGCGGCGUGGAAGAUGGUCUACCCCUUCAUCGACGACAACACCAAGAAGAAGUUUGUCUUUGUUGCAGACAAGGACCUUGACGGCACGCUUCGGGACGCCAUCGACUUGUCCCAGCUGCCCGAGCAGUACGGCGGCAAGCUCAGACUCGAGGGAUACAAGAGCUCGUCGACAACGCUAUAGUCAACGUGUGACUGAUUUGGUUUAUUAAGGGUGUCCAGUUGUGUGAAAGUAUGCUACAUUGCCCCGCUUGAUAAGCAAGUAAUACUCAUCCUUUCAUCUAUGCAGGGCCGUUUAACUCUUGUCUUAAGUCAAGCUAUUUUAAGUCUGAUCGAUUUCGUUGA